GGGGGCCGGGAUGGCCGAGAGAACCUCGACUGGGAUGCUGACCGUGACUCUGGAGCCCACGCCAGCUGUCGCAAUGACACUCCCGGCGGAGGUCCGCGCUAAGUUGGCCGAGCUGGAGUUGGAGCUGUCCGAAGGGGACAUCACUCAGAAGGGCUACGAGAAGAAAAGAAGCAAACUGUUGGCACCGUACAUCCCGCAGAUCCAAGGUGUAGAUCCCGCUCUGCAGAUAGACAGCCGGAUCCAGGCCUCCUCCCAGGCUGUUCUUCCCGCGUCCAAACACAACAAAUCUCGAGCAGCCAACACUCGAGAUGAACGCUUCCGCUCUGAUCUGCACACAGAAGCCGUCCAAGCAGCUUUGGCCAAAUACAAAGAAAGGAAGAUGCCAAUGCCGUCCAAGAGACGAUCCGUGCUAGUCCAGUCCUCCGUUGAGGCGUGCACUCCGCCAGACACCUCCUCUGCGUCGGAAGACGAGGGCUCUCUGCGGCGAAAGGGCCGUCUGGCCAAUUCCACUCCCAAUCAAAGCCACAGCCACCCGGCCGUCGAGCACUGGUUUAACCGGGUCAUCCAGGGUUCGUCCACCUCAUCUUCCGCUUCGUCCACCUCGUCUCACCCGGGAGUGAGGUCUGUCGCCACCAGCAACGCUAACAGCGGCGCUCUCAACGCCAACACCAAAGCUACUGUGCUGGCUGAUCUCAUGUCACACACACACCUAGAUAACCACAUAGCUCCCCCAGACGUGACGGGCCUCUCGGAGCGCUCCUCACUUCAUGCGGAGCAUUCCCACGUUGCCUCGGUGCGAGGCGUAUCUCGUGGCUACAACCACCACACCAGCAUCAUGGAGACAGCAGAUGGUGUUCCAGUCAACAGCCGCGUCUCCUCCAAAAUCCAGCAGCUUCUCAACACACUGAAAAGACCGAAGCGACCGCCUUUGCGAGAGUUUUUUGUGGAUGACUUUGAGGAGCUCAUGGAUGUUCAGCAACCCAAUCCAAACCAGCCAAAGCCAGAAGGCCAACUCAUGCGUCCCCUUGAGGGAGAUCCUCUCGGAGUGGCCACCAACUGGCCUCCCUCGUUGACAGCAGCCUUGCAACGAUGGGGGACCACUCAACCCAAGAGCCCUUGUCUGACAGCACUUGAUAACGCUGGCAAGCCUGUCUACACUCUCACCUAUGGUAAAUUAUGGACCCGGAGUCAGAAAUUGGCCUACACACUUCUCAACAAGUUAAGCACCAGGAAUGAACCUUUGCUUAUGCCUGGAGAUAGGGUUGCACUUGUAUUCCCCAACAAUGACCCCGUCAUGUUCAUGGUGGCGUUCUACGGCUGUCUGCUGGCAGAGCUGGUCCCCGUACCCAUUGAAGUGCCGCUAACCAGAAAGGAUGCUGGAAGUCAACAAAUUGGCUUUCUGCUUGGCAGUUGCGGGGUGACUUUGGCUCUUACCACUGAUGCUUGUCAGAAAGGUUUACCCAAAGCACAAACUGGGGAGGUAGCCACAUUCAAAGGCUGGCCCCGGUUGUUGUGGUUUGUGACUGACGGAAAACACGUUGUGAAGCCUCCCAAAGACUGGCAUCCUCCAAUACGUGAAGCAACCAAUGACAUAGCCUACAUCGAAUAUAAAACCAGCAAGGAGGGAAGCACCAUGGGGAUCACAGUGAGCCAUUCAGCCAUGCUUGCUCACUGUCACGCUCUCACACAAGCCUGCGCUUACACUGAAGCUGAGACCAUAACUAACGUGCUGGACUUCAAGAGAGAAGCGGGUUUAUGGCAUGGGGUUCUUACCAGCGUCAUGAAUCGGAUGCAUGUAAUCAGCAUUCCUUACUCGCUAAUGAAAGUCAACCCUCUCUCGUGGAUACAAAAGGUUCACACGUACAAAGCGCGGGUGGCUGUGGUGAAAUCGAGGGACAUGCAUUGGUCUCUGCUGGCUCAAAGAGACCAGCGAGACAUCAGCUUGAGCUCACUGCGCAUGCUGAUUGUUGCCGAUGGAGCCAACCCAUGGUCAAUAUCUUCCUGCGAUGCCUUUCUCAACGUGUUCCAGGCACGUGGGCUGCGACCUGAGGUGAUCUGUCCAUGCGCCAGCUCUUCAGAAGCCAUGACUGUCGCCAUCCGGAGACCUCCAGAGAUGGGCGUCCCUUCACCGGGCAAGGCGGUGCUGUCCAUGGGCGGGCUGAGCCAUAGUGUCAUCCGCGUGGACACCGAAGAGAAGCUCUCUGUCCUCACCGUGCAGGACGUGGGACAGGUCAUGCCCGGAGCUCUGGUGUGUGUGGUGCGAGCCGAGGGCACGCCGUACUUGUGUCAGACUGACGAGGUGGGAGAAAUCUGCGUGAGCUCAAGGUGCACAGGUUCGGCUUAUUACGGCCUUCAGGGCAUGACCAAGAACAUAUUUGAGACCACUCCAGUCACGUCGACAGGAAUUCCAGUCAGUGACCGAACUUUCACCAGGACCUCUCUGCUGGGUUUUGUGGGACCAGACAGCCUCGUGUUUAUUGUCGGGAAGAUGGACGGAUUGAUGGUGGUCAGUGGGCGGCGGCACAACGCUGACGACGUGGUUGCUACGGCUCUUGCGGUGGAGCCGAUGAAGUUUGUUUACAGGGGGAGGAUAGCUGUGUUUUCUGUGUCGGUGCUGCAUGAUGAGAGGAUCGUCGUGGUGGCGGAACAGAGACCGGAUGCCUCUGAGGAAGACAGCUUCCAGUGGAUGAGCCGCGUCCUUCAGGCCAUAGACAGCAUCCACCAAGUAGGUGUGUACUGCCUGGCCCUGGUCCCCGCCAACACGCUUCCCAAAGCUCCCCUCGGUGGCAUCCACAUAUCAGAGACCAAACAGCGCUUCCUGGAGGGCGCCUUGCAUCCCUGCAAUGUCCUCAUGUGCCCUCACACGUGCGUCACCAACCUACCCAAGCCGAGGCAGAAGCAGCCGGAGGUCGGCCCCGCUUCGAUGAUCGUAGGCAACCUGGUGGCAGGCAAGAGGAUAGCGCAGGCCUGUGGGAGAGACGUGACCCAGUUGGAAGACAAUGAGCAGUUCCUCUACAUUCAAGAUGUGCUACAGUGGAGAGCGCAGGCCACUCCAGACCAUCAGCUGUUCCUUGUUCUCAAUGCCAAGGGCACGGUGGCCAGUGCGGCGUCCUGUCUGCAGCUCCACAAGCGGGCCGAGCGCGUGGCUGCAGCUCUGAUGGGACGCCUCAACACCGGGGACCACGUCGCGCUCGUCUACAUGCCAGGAAUCGACUUGAUUGCCACCUUCUACGGCUGCUUGUACGCUGGCUGUGUCCCGGUGACGGUCAGACCUCCGCACCCGCAGAACCUGGCCACCACCCUUCCCACUGUCAAGAUGAUUGUUGAGGUCAGCAAAUCGGUGUGCAUCCUCACCACUCAAGCAAUAAUGAAGCUGUUGAAAUCCAAAGAGGCUGCCGCUGCAGUGGACAUUAAGAGUUGGCCGAUGGUGCUGGACACAGAUGACCUCCCCAGAAAGAAAAGCCCUCAGAUUUACAAGCCCCCAACCCCGGAGAUGUUAGCCUACCUUGACUUUAGCGUUUCCACCACAGGCAUCCUGGCUGGAGUCAAGAUGUCCCAUGCAGCUACUGGUGCCUUGUGUCGCUCCAUCAAGCUGCAGUGUGAGCUCUACCCUUCUCGCCAGAUCGCCAUCUGUCUUGACCCGUACUGUGGCCUGGGCUUUGCUCUCUGGUGCCUGUGCAGUGUGUACUCCGGCCACCAGUCCAUCCUGGUUCCCCCUCUGGAGCUGGAAAGCAAUGUGUCUGUAUGGCUGGCUGCUGUCAGCCAGUACAAAGUGCGUGUCACUUUUUGCUCCUACUCAGUCAUGGAAAUGUGCACCAAAGGCCUAGGCUUGCAGACGGAAGCGCUACGGCUGCGGAACGUCAACCUAUCGUGUGUGCGCACGUGCAUGGUGGUGGCGGAGGAGAGGCCUCGCAUUGCUCUCACGCAGUCCUUCUCCAAGAUCUUCAAGGACCUGGGGCUUUCGCCACGUGCCGUCAGCACCACCUUCGGCUGCAGGGUGAACGUAGCCAUCUGUUUGCAGCCCAACAGGUUAGGGAAACUGGUCGAGCAGGGCACAUCCGGACCAGACCCCACAACGGUUUACGUAGACAUGAGGGCUUUGCGACACGACAGAGUUCGGCUGGUUGAGAGGGGGUCUCCACAUAGUUUGCCCUUGAUGGAGUCUGGCAAGAUACUUCCUGGAGUCAAGGUGAUUAUUGCCAACACAGAGACGAAAGGGCCCUUGGGAGAUUCUCAUCUCGGAGAGGUGUGGGUGAGCAGUCCUCACAAUGCGACGGGCUACUACACUGUCUACGGGGAGGAAGCACUGCACGCGGACCACUUUAACACUAAGCUCAGCUUCGGUGACACACACACAGUGUGGGCAAGGACGGGCUACCUGGGCUUCCUGCGACGCACCGAACUUACCGAUGCCAGCGGAGAACGCCAUGAUGCCCUCUACGUGGUGGGUUCUGUAGAUGAGACCCUCGAGCUGAGGGGAAUGAGGUACCACCCGAUUGACAUCGAGACCUCCGUCAUCCGCUCCCAUAAGAGCAUUGCUGAAUGCGCCGUGUUCACUUGGACAAACCUGCUUGUGGUGGUGGUGGAGCUGGAGGGCUCCGAGCAAGAGGCCCUGGACCUGGUGGCCCUGGUCACCAACGUGGUGCUGGAGGAGCAUUACCUCAUUGUCGGCGUGGUGGUGGUGGUCGACCCUGGCGUCAUCCCCAUCAACUCCAGAGGCGAGAAGCAACGCAUGCACCUGCGAGACGGUUUCCUGGCCGACCAACUGGACCCCAUAUAUGUGGCGUAUAACAUGUGAGGGCUCGGCCGUGGGACGUCAUAUUGACGUUUUGUUUGCUGCUGCAAACCACGAGCGACAUUGGUAGCGUUGCCAUUUACAUCUUCAGGACACUGAGUUGAGACUGUAUCAACAGCGCCCCUGCAGGUUGCGGCCAGGUUGUGCACUCCAUUUAAAACUUGGGAUAUAGUUUUGUGUGUUCCCGUUUUUAUGUCAACUCAAUGCAAUACGACUGAUGUGAAGAAUGUGGCUUUGGAAUGAUGCGGUGAUUAUGCCUUAAGUGUUGUUUUUAUCCCACAUCAUCCUUUUGGAAUAGCCAGAAACGAGAUUACAACGCUGCACUUCGAGCUGUUAGGCAGAACCACUCAACCAACAUGCUGGAAAAUAUAACAAAUGGAAACACUACACACAAAAAGUGUCAAAUUUCAGGCUGAAUUUAAUAUAGGCUAUGACCUUACAGAUUAAGUUCAAUUGACUUUCUCUAACUGUCCCACUGAUCAAUCGUCAGUACUUUUUUUAUCCAACUCUAUCAAGAAGCUGUCCAUCUCUAUGCCUUUUUGUGACUCUUUUGUUGCAAGCGCUGAAGUACCAAAAAUUCUUCUUUGUGACCUAUCUACGACGUCAAAAGUUAAACAGCAUAAUAAAGUUUAAAUACCAAUUCUAAUUGAGGAAAAAAAAAAUCAGUUUAUGGCUGACAGACUUUUUUGAUCAAUUUUGCUGAUCUGCGCCUUGUGGAGUAAUUGUGCAAAAUCUACCCAAUGAAAACAAGUUUUGAGAAGGUCAAGUUUAGUUCAUCUGUAAAGGUUUGUGUGUUUUUUGGGUUAAUUCUGAACUUUUUCCUGAGAGUGUACUUUGUCCAUACGACUAACUUUGAUAAAUUAUUUGAUAAAGUUUAUUGCGCAAAUGGCAAUUUGAUGUAAAAUGUUCACAGCCUUUGUUUUCGGUGCCAUAACAUUAAGUAAUGAUUGCAUGUGCUUCCCCUCUUUGUCAGGAUUCCCAUGUUUUUUUUUUUUUUGCUUCUUUGCCUCAAACUGGCCUUGAGCAUGCUGCAAGUAUGUACAGGUUUAACAAAAAUGACUAAUAGACGUGGGGCGACAUAACAAAGACUGAAUCUGCAAAAUAUGUGAAAAUUGUCCCUCGCAAACCAUCUGAGAUGGACUCAAGAUGGCGAGGAAAGGAUACAAAGUGCAUCUUUUUAUAGGACAAAUGAAUAGGAAGCAAACAAACUAGCAGGGGAGGAUUCUGCUGAGGUGACUGCGCGAUGUCACGUGUUGUAUAACGUGGAAAUACAUUUCCUCCAGUAUACGGUAAGGUGUCAUUAUUUUCAUAACAGGAUUUCAUAAUGAAUAAAAUAAUUUUAACUUAACCUUGUUGUGGUUGAAUACAGUCUUAAAGGACACUGGUCCACGGCUCACUUUGUGUUUAAAAAAAAAAAAGACAAUAAGUGAGCACCUGUAAUUACAAAAGAUUUUUACCAGAUGAAGGCAGUAUUAAUUAAAUUAUGUUGUAUGUCUCAUUAUACUGUAACAUUUUACCACAUGAACAAGUGUGGUGGAUUUGGGUUUUGCAAAUAUUGAACAUUAGACUCCAAAACACAUUUGUCAGAAGGUCCAUUUAUUAAAGUUUUUUUUGUUUUGUUUUUUACAAGAAUUACAAUCAUCUAGCUAAAAAUUCGUUUAACUCAAUAACAUAUAAAUGUGACAGAAAAUGGCAAUGUGACAAAGACAUAUCAUGACUGCAGUCAUACAAAAUAGUUGUCUAAUUCUGAGUGAGUUAACACUAGUAAAUGGAAUUGGUCCACUGAAUUGGAAAGCGUAAACAAAGGAAGAUGUAGAAUAUAUGAUUCAUGUUCAUUGUGGAGUUUUAGUUCACAUACGAUUCUACAGUAGCCAGAAGCUCAGUUGCUGUGUUCAGUGCCGCGAUCACAUUGGCCGAACGGAAGCUUUCAUUUGGAAUGCGAGGGAAAGGAUGGCGGUUGGGAUAUUGUGUCUUUUUAGCAUCCGCACCAAAAGCCAGCAACUGGGCCACGUUGUGGGGCAGGUCGCUUAGCACGGCGUUGUAGUGUGAGACUUUUUCAGCCAUGGCUGAAAUUGUGCCAUCAAGACACUGGCCGUUUGUUUUGUACUCGACAGCGAUGAGGGACUUUUUCACAGCCUGGUGGACUUUAAACAGACACCACUCUGCACCCGUCUCAGUGCUUUCGCUGUACGCAGCAUUGAGGUCGCAGCGGGCCUGCCGACACCACCGUUGGGCCUCGCCUUUGUUUGGUCUCGGAAUAUUUUUGUUAUGCCCCCAAAAAUUGUAGGAAUUGUAUCGUACGAGGAUCCGUUCUCUGCCACUUCUGUGGUGCCUAGCCUCGUCAUCCCAUUGCUGGUAGAAGUGUUGGAAUGUGACGUAAGUUCUUGUUUUCACAUAAUUGGCAGCCUCAAAAACAUAGUGGCAAUGAGGGUUUUUGCUAUGGUGCCAUUUGAGGUACAGUCGUUUGCCGUGUUUUAUCUGCUCCUCUUCUGGAAGAUUCCAGAUCACAAGCAAACUUUCCUCAAUUUCCUCCACUGCUUCGUCGAAAGUUACCGGUAAACGAUUUGAGGAUGAGGGACGUGUUGAGUGGUGGUAUGUCGCUACUUGCAAACCCAUACCGGUGGCUUCGCUGGGUUCAUCAAACUCUGGUUGUGGGUCGUCGGAUUUAAACUGGUACAGGUCGGCACUGCUGACUUCAAUGAUCUCGUCUUCGUCAAUUCUUAUUUUGUACCUCUGCGAGUAAGGUCCGGAUUGUGGAGGUAGUACUUCCACAAUGACUGCAUAAAUGUACUUGUUGUUAAUGUGGUAAGCGACACACUCUCCUUCUUCAAAGUUGUUCAAGACGUUCAUGUCUAAGGAAUCGUGCCACUCUUCUGAAAUCUCUCCUUUCGGGGCCUG